AUGCAACAGAUUGAGCUCCAGGAGAAGCCAUCCACAAACGGGGACGAGUGUGUUUAUCAGGGAGAUGAAGGGACACACAGUUUCUACCAGGAUGGAGAUGUGGUACUGGGAGGUCUGUUUCCUCUGCAUUACAGCCCUGUGUCUGCAGCGCAGUCUUUCCAAAGCAAACCUCCACCAACGGAGUAUAAGUACUUUAGUUCUCGAGCCCUGAGGUGGAUGAGGACCAUGACGUUCGCCGUGACAGAGAUAAACACGAGACGAGACCUGCUACCGAAUCUGUAUUUGGGCUACCACAUCCGAGACAGCUGCGACGACAUUCCGGUGUCCGUCAAAAACUCACUGCUGCUGGUCAACGGGCAGCCAGAAAAAGGGAACGGGUCCGGCUGCGCUAAUGUCGGGAGGCGGCCGUCUCCUGUCAUUGUGGGAGAUGCUGCAUCUGGGAUCUCCAUGUCCGUGCUCAGAACGCUGGGUUCAUUUAGUAUACCUUUGGUGAGCUACUUUGCGUCCUGCUCGUGUCUGAGCAACAAGAACGAGUUCCCCACAUUCAUGCGGACGAUGCCAAGCGACGAAUUUCAGAUUAAAGCUUUAGCUAAGCUGGUCCAUUACUUCCGCUGGACCUGGGUGGGCGUCAUAGGUGUGGAGUCGGACUAUGCCCGCUUCGCGAUCCAGCUCUUCCUGAAGGAGUCAGCCAGGUACAGCGUGUGCCCAGCAUACGUGCACUUUUACCCCGUCACCCUGAAUGCAGAGGCCAUCCAGGAGCUGCUGGACACGGUCCGAGCCUCGACGGCCACGGUCGUACUGAAUUUCUCGGGCGAGUCUGAGCUGCACACCAUCCUGAAGGAGUGCAGGAGACAAAACAUCACACAUCUGCAGUGGAUCGCGAGCGAAGCCUGGGCUACGUCACAGGCGCUGUGGGCCGAUUUUAGCGAUCUCUUACAGGGAACUCUGGGCUUUGCUAUUCGGAAAGGUGACAUUCCAAACCUUGGUGGUUAUCUCAGAGAGAUUAACGCUUCCAGUGGGCAAACCUCCCACUUUUUGGCAGAGUUUUGGGAGGAAACUUUUAACUGUCGGGUCAAUAGAUCCAUAAAUACUCAUAUGCACACAAACACUGCCCAGGUGAAAGAAACCUGUAGUGGGAAGGAGAGUCUGGACGAGGUGUACACACCAUACGCAGAUGUAUCACAGCUAAGAGUGUCCUACAACGUGUACAAAGCUGUGUACCUGAUAGCACACGCCCUGCAUGAUAUGAGUUACUGUGUUCCAGGACAAGGCCCCUUCCAAAAUGGGACAUGUGGAAGCCUGAAUCCUCUUGUUCCAUGGCAGCUUCUGAGCUACAUGAAAAGAACGCGAUUCACGUCUCUCGGCGAGGACGUUCGCUUCGACCAGAAAGGCGACCCCAUAGCCUCCUACGAUCUGAUGAACUGGCAGGUGGGGAGCGAUGGCUCACUCCAGCUAACGAAGGUGGGCUUCUACGAUGCGUCGCUCCGAGAGGACCGAGACCUGGUCAUAAAUGAAUCUGUGAUUACGUGGCACAGAGGAAAUAAGGCACCGGUAUCACUGUGCAGCAAGAGCUGUGUGCCGGGCUCCAGGAAGGCCAGGCGAAAGGGUGAACCUAUAUGUUGCUUCGACUGUAUUCCAUGUGCUGAGGGAGAGAUUAGCAAUCAAACAGACUCGAUUGAUUGUUUGAGAUGCUCGAGAGAAACGUGGUCAAACCAAGCCAGAGACCAAUGCAUGCCAAAGACCCUGGAGUACCUGUCCUUUACAGAGCCAUUAGGAGUAGUCCUCUGGGCCGUUUCAGCUUCUGGAGCUUGUCUGACUGCGGCGGUGCUUUGUGUGUUCUUUACCCACCGGAACACUCCGGUGGUCCGAGGCAACAACAUGGAACUUAGCUUCCUGCUCCUCUUGUUCAUUUGUGCAUGCUUUUUAAUUAGCUUGACAUUCAUCGGUAAGCCCACGGACUGGCUCUGCCAGAUCAGAUUCACCGCUUUUGGAGUCAGCUUUGCACUUUGCAUCGCUUGCAUCUUGGCUAAGACGGUCGUAGUUUUGAUGGCUUUCAGGGCUACCCUACCCGGGAGCGAUGUACUGAAAUGGUUCGGCCCAAUCCAGCAGAGGUUCAGCGUCGUACUCUGCUCUCUAGUACAAGUGAUUAUCUGCAUAAUCUGGCUAACAAGCAAACCUCCAUUAGCCGUCUUUAACACCGAGUUUCUGGGUCCUUCUAUCAUUCUGGAGUGUAAGGUGGGAUCUGAGGUUGGGUUCUGGUGUGUCUUGGGGUACAUUGGGCUCCUGGCUUGUUUGUGCUUUUUAAUCGCCUUCUUGGCCAGGAAGCUCCCGGACAAUUUCAACGAGGCAAAGUUCAUCACAUUCAGCAUGCUCAUCUUUUUUGCGGUGUGGAUAACGUUCAUUCCUGUUUACGUCAGCACUCGUGGAAAAUAUAUGGUCGCUGUGCACGUCUUUGCCAUUUUAGCUUCUGCAUUUGGGCUACUUUUGUGUAUAUUUGCCCCAAAGUGCUACAUCAUUCUGCUGAAACCUGAGAAGAACAGCAAAAAGCACAUGAUGAAAAAAUAA